GCUCCAACAAAAAUAUAUACCCCUCCCAUACUCAAAAACUGUACCACCUUAUAAAACCCUCAAAAUCCUCAAACUUAGAUGACCAUAGAGAUACACACUGUCAGUCUUUCUUUUUUACUUACUGAGUGAUCAUUUUACACACGGACACCAGCCAUGGCCAACACACAGACAAAAACUGUGGAUGUCUUUAAAUCUGUUGUCUACAGGAUUCCUGCUCUUUUCUACGAGACAGAAAGUAACACUCUUCUAGCCUUUGCAGAGCAGAGGGAGACAGAAGCUAAUUGCACUGCGAAAGAGCUGGUUAUGAGAAGAGGAACACUGAAAGAUGAAUCCCCUGGUGUGAAGACAAUUGAGUGGUCAGAGCUCAAAACAGUGGUGGAAAAGGCAAAACUUGACAACUACCGUCCUCUGAACCCCUGCCCAGUGUUUGAGAAGAACACGAAAACACUUUUCCUGUUUUUCAUUUGUGUUGAAGAUCGUGUGGAAGAGCAAUGGCAGAUAAAAAACCGCACCAACAAGGCCCGUCUCUGCUACAUUACAAGCGAGGAUCUUGGACAAAACUGGAGUGAAGUGACAGAUUUGACAUACACACUGGGCGAAAUUAAGAACUGGGCCACAUUUGCUGUUGGGCCAGGCCAUGGUCUUCAAAUGAAGAAGGGUAGAUUGAUUGUUCCUGUCUAUGCUUAUGUUUGCAGCAGCUCAAGCAAGUCUAAUGAGGCUACUUCAUAUGCAUUCGCCCUGUACAGUGAUGAUAGGGGCAGCACAUGGAAGUUAGGCCAAAUGCUUCAAACACAAUCAGGGGAAUGUCAAAUGGCAGAGAUUUUUGAUGGAGACUCCAAAAGCUCCAUCUACUGCAAUGCCCGUAGUCGGGGAGGCUGGCGAGUGGAAGCUGUCAGUGAAAAUGGUGGAGCUGAUUUUCCCACAUUGAGCAAUGCUACAAAGCUUGUUGAAACUGAUUCAGGUUGUCAGGGAAGUGUGGUCUCAUUUCCAGCUCAAGAUGAAGGUGCAGAGGGUGACCCAAAGUGGCUGCUUUACACUCACCCAAGCAACAAGUCCAAAAGGACUGAUUUAGGAGUGUAUGUGAGCAAAUCCCCAAAGGAUCCAAGUAAGUGGAGCAAACCCUGGAUCAUUAACAGUGGACCCAGUGGUUACUCAGACCUGGCUUACAUUGGUAAUGGUUGGUUUGCAUGUCUGAUGGAGUGUGGGGUGAAGAAAGAAACAGAGCAGAUAGCCUCUGUGGUUUUUAGCUACAAGGACAUCAAGUCAGGCAUUGGACAGUAAAUAUCCAUUGUCUUUGAUUGACAAGACAUGACUCUGUUGUUAUACCAUAAAUUACAUUUUUCUUCCACAUAUGGGACUUCAAAGUAACCUGCUGUUUAAUACAAGUAAUGCUACUGCACUGAAACCCUAUUUACAACUGAUGAAUAUAUUACAUUACAUUUUCAUUUUGUUUUGAUUUUCAUUUCAGCUCUAACAACCACAACACUUAUGUAUAAUACUGCGCUGACAUUUUACUGUACUUCUCAAAUGUGUAUUUACAAAGAUGCUACAUUUACCCAGAGGUUGUGUUGUUUAUAAAAUGUAAAGAGUAAAAUACAUUUUGACAAAUAAAUUGAGUUUUAAGAACUUUCACAACUAAUUAGGUGAUGGAAACAGCAGGAAAAGUACUUCCUGUUUUUUGUUGAUAUUUAACACCAUAGCCAUUGUGGCAAACAUGUUGUCAUUCAUCAACAUCACCUAAUUAUAUAAGAAUAAAUGCUUAGUUUCAGUCAGGGAAUGUUUGAGAAACCAUAAUAAAAGUAAUCACAUUGACUAUCAGUAAGAAACUGUUGUUCCUCUUUUUCAUGGGAGGAUGAUCUCGACCAGACCAGAAACUGAAACAUUUUCACUUUUUACCUUAUUUUAAUUGGGUACAACUGGAAUUACUGAGAUGUUUAAUUGUCAAAAUAGACUGGAAAUUUUUGUUUAUUUGACCUUUUCUUGUGACAGUUGUGACAAACUUAAAAUGCGCUGCAGUGUGCUGAAACACAUUUAAAGGCUUUGUGUGUGUUUGCGUUAUGAUAUAUUGAUUUGUUUGUUUGAAUCCUGGUUAUUUCUAAUUGUACUUUUACAUUUACUAUAUACAAUGGCAUAUGUUCUUCGAAUACAAGUAAAUAAU